CAUCAACAAGCAUCGAGAAGAAAAUUAUACACUGAAUCUUCAGAGCAUCGAGUGUGUUCAAGAGCAAGAGGAAAAUGAAGUCUGCUGCAGCUUUUGUUGUCUUUGCUGGUCUACUUAUUGUUUAUGUACAAGGACAGGCCAGGACAAGUUCAUCGAGGUGUUUGUGUCAGGGUCCUCUGGCCAAUGUAGUUCGUCUACAACGUAUUGACAAGAUAGAAUUUUAUCCUGUUAGUGCAUCUUGUGAAAAUGUGGAAAUUAUUGUCACUCUGAAGAACGGUGCAGGGAAAAAAUGCUUGAAUCCAAAAUCUGAAUUUACUCAGAAAUACUUCAAGGCAGCUUUAGAAAAAAGAAGUGCUGAGGAAAUGUCUGACAGUACUGAACAGAAGUGAAAGAAAAGGGCACAGAGACAACUCACUUGAAAUAUUUUAAAUGUUGUAAAAAAAUGAUAAACAUUUUGUAUAUUUCUUAGUUAUGCUUGUAAAGUUUUUUAUAUUCUACAAACUGUUCAUAUGAUAUGUCUACUGUUUAAUUUAUUUGACUUAUGUUUGUAUAUUGCUGGAUGUAAAGUACUUCUAAAGAAACU